AUGCUUGCGAAAGGUAAUCAAGCUCAUAGUAAUGAACAUCGUUCGGGUUUUAUUCGACGUCUUCUAUAUUUCACUCUGGAUCCAAUCAAAUCUAUAUUCCAAACAGUAUUACGUCUUGAAUCUUCUAAUCAAACUCCUUUCAUCUAUUUACGUGGUGAUGAAUCAUCACAUUUUCAUGAACGAGGCAACAAACACGAUCGAUGGCAUAUCUAUCCAGCUUAUGGAAUGGACAUUAUAGAUGGAUGUAUGCCUAAUAAAUUUUCGCAUAUUUUGUUUGGAAAAUUAAAAAGUUUAUCGAAAGAUUCAAAUCAUCCGUAUCGUGGCGAUCGUAUUUAUAUCAAACCUGAAAAAUCUGGAUUACAACAAUUUCGACAUUAUAUUGCACAUUCGAGCCAUUAUAUUCGAGCAGUAUCAUCCUCUAUUAUGUGUCGAUUUAUUGAUCGCUUAGCGCCAAAAUUCUGUAAGCCAGAAGGAACAUUUCAUGAAUGGAUAGACCACAGAUUGAUUAAAAAAUGGACUAAGAUACUGAAUACUAUCAAUGAUUUAACACAUGAUGAACGACGAAAAAUGCAAAAUGACGUAUUUUCACGAGGUAUUCUUGAGAUAUAUCGUCAAACGUUAUUAUUUCCGUCGAUCUCACAUGUCAAUGAUUUUCGUAUUGAACUCGAACAACAAUACGGUUCGGAUAUCUGCGCACGGAAAGGAAAUGAAGUUAUUUUUACUACUGAACAGUUAUUAGAUGGUUCUCCUGCAUGGAUGCAUUCUUUUUUUUCACAAGAAUCAAUAGUCCGAUAA